CAAGAAUUUUGAGAUAUGCUGAAUCAAAACGGCCUGAUCUUCUGGUACCAAGUAUUGCUGAUUUCAGUGAGUAAAGGCAAAACAAGUAUUUUGGCAUCAGGCUGUUAUUUACAAAAAAACAUUCCAAAUUCUGCACUUCUAAUAUUUGCUAAUGGAAUAGAAGACAUGGAGUCUCUUGAACCAGGGCAGAAUAAGCAACCGAUUCUAGUGUGCAUUUCAAAUUCAUUUUACAUUAAAGCAGAUAACAAGUUAAUAGCAUGUCCAAAUCACGCCAUGAAGGCAUUCGACAUUUUAUUUAAAUCCCAUUUCGUAUUUAGUGUGCAAUAUGCACAUGUAUUAACAAAUUUUUACAAUUUUAUGGAAAGUUUUUUAUACAAUAUAAGCACUCCUAGAGCAUGUGUGGACUCGUUAAAUACAUGUUUCAGCAACAUAGCUAUUGAGUAA